ACAAAAGAGAUCAAUCACCGAAGAAGAACGGAAGGCGGAAGUCAUUAGCAUGUUAGCUCGAGUGGUCGAAGCGUCGUCAUGGCAGAGUUGAACCGGCAACUUCAAGAGUAUUUGUCCCAGUCCAGAGGUGGCGGCACAGCUUCCCAGUCAAGCUCCAGUACAGUAGUGGAGCUCGGUGACCCAGAGCCGGUCCACGGCAGUUGGUUCGGGCGCUGGUCCAGCCCGUGGUCCGGCGGCAGUUCCUCGGCGGCUACGAGCUCCGGAGGCAGUUGGCCGUGGUCGUCCGAGCCGGACCCCUGCCUGCCGGGCGUGAGUCGCCGCCAGCGGCUUGCCAUCGCUGGAAUGCUAGCCACUAUGUCGGCGUUGUGCUUCAGCCUGGCUGCUCUGUACGCGCCGCUGCUUCUGCUCUACGCCCGCAAGUUCGCUCUGCUCUGGUCGCUGGGCUCGGCCUUCGCCAUCGCGGCCGCGGCGGUUUUGCGCGGACCCACCAAGCUCAUCGCCGGCCUGCCCGGCUCGCCUGGCGCCGCCGUCUAUCUGUGCGCCCUCGGAGGGACUUUGUACGCCGCGCUGAGCUUGCACAGUACUGUGCUGACGGCGCUCGGGGCGGCCGCUCAAGUGGCUACCAUCAUCGGCUUCGUGCUGUCGCAGCUGCCCGGGGGGAGCGCCGGCCUCCGAUUCGUGGCGGGCAUGGUGGCGUCCGCAAUCAAAAGGACCGUAGCAGGGAAGGGCGCGCCCAUUUGAUACAAACUGGAACUUGUUAGUGCCUUCUGACAGGACCGAAAGCAUUAAAGCAAAUAGACAAAACUCGUCACUUUGCCGUGGACUUUCAGAAGUGAGCGCGAGCUCCCUCUAGCGGCACGCCAAAGAAUCACAACAUGAUCAUAAAAUCGCACAGAAAUGAAGUGUUUGACUUUGCAUCUUGUUAAAACCUUUUUGUAAAUAUGAGUACUGAAGUUUCAUGGCUCAGUACCGUUUUUCCUACUGUAGUUGUAUCUAUUUUGACUAUAAACAUGUAUUUUAGGACCAAAACCUUACCUGUAAUGAAUUUCUGCAGAAUUUUUCACAGAAAGUUCAUUUUAUUAUUGACACACAAACUAUGUUGAACUCUUAUUUCAAAUGAUGCAACACUUCUAUUGGCCGUUGGUCGUAUAUCACUGCCAAAUUCCAAUUAAUAUUUGAAAAGCUGGAUGAGGUUUAAAAAUACGCAAUGUUAAAAAAAUAAAUCUGAAAGAUUCUCUUUGGGAUGUGUCCAGCCUGAGUUUUGCAGGGAAUAGAAAGGAGGGCAUUUGACAAAAUGGCACCCCAGCAUAAAUUAAUCUUCAUAAUGAAGAUGCUCCAUGAGAUGUAUUUGUAAAUAAAAUUAUUUUUGGUAUCAAAUGUUUGGGUUUUAUUUAGAGUUGCCACCUUUCAGAAAUAGAACUAAGGGACGCCCUCCUCACGCCUGAAGCCUUACAGGUGAAAAAAAAGGGGCAUCCUCAAAACUCCUAAAAUGCAUAGAAAUGUAUCUAUGUUUAAAUAAGAAAACUAUUGUGCACUAUGUGGGCAUGGCAGUUUCUUUGCAGCAGAUUGUUUUCACUAACCAGCAGAAAAAAAAAGAGUCGUGAAUACCGUAAUUAACAUUUAUGUUGUCGGCACUGAAUACGGUCACGUGAUCCAUUGACAAGCCAAAUUUUUCAAGGGAAUGUUCCAGGGGAGCUACAAUUCCAGCAGCUGACUCGUCUGCAUUCUCUAUGAAGUCCAGCGUUUUGUUUGUGAGCCUAGACUCUGGACUGAAGUACUGGACAGCGGGGGGAAACGUCUUCCUGCUCAAUUUAUUCGAAGGAUCAGUCAAUAUGGAGAAUGGGAUGGGUGACAUUAAGAUCUUGAGCACAUUACCCGCUGCCUUCGGAACCAGGACUUGUUUCAACAGUGCCUCUUGCUUUGUUCUCCCCAAAGUCAUUUUCUUCACCAUUUUGGAAUUACAUAAAAUCUUCUGAUUGAGCUUGUGUCAACACUCAGCACUGUUGUGGCUCUGGCCACGUUUUACUGUGUGGUAUACCUGUGUCACCUCAGCUGCAGUAAUUGAGAGGGUAGGAGUGGUAUUAUGUCAAAUUAUUGCUUUAAUUUUGGUAUCACUAUUAAUCAGUAGAUAGUAUAUAUUCGCAUUAGGACUAUUUAUUCAGUGUUUAUUUGCUGUUAAUCUCUUAGGAAUAAUUCCAAAUGAGGAGCAUUAGUUAGCAUAACAAAAUAAGAUGUUCUUUAUGGGUACAUAAAUUCAUUCUAUAUUGAUUGAUAAUAAAUGCAUGUUUAAAAAAAAAAAAAAAA